UCUUCGUUCGGUAUUCAGUGAGAAACAAAGAUAGAAUGACUCUUGUAUCGACUUGUGUCGACUGUGUCUCCUAAAAAGAAAGCAGCCUUUGUCGAUUCUCCUUGCGCUCCCAUGGCCUCUCCUACGUUUGAUGUAAACGCACCCGUUCUAAAUUUUUGAUACGCCCCAAGCUUAAUACGCGUAUCAAGUUUUGACGAUGUAAACUAAGCCUAUCUCUUAUAUCUUUAUGGUUUCAACCACGUGGCACCGUGGCAGUGUGAUACAACUGUUGGAAUAAAUCAAGGAAAGCAACAANAUUGUAGUAAAAAUGUGCGGUAUUUGGGCACUUUUUGGAUUUCAUACGCAUUCGUUCACUUGUAUCUGUGAGAAUUUUGAUAAAAUAAAACAUCGUGGUCCUGAAGCUUUUAUAAUAGAAUUUGAUAUUAGAAUGAAAAAUGGAUAUUUAGGAUUUCAUAGAUUAGCCAUUGUCGAUAGCUUGUAUGGAAUGCAGCCGAUGANAAUACAUAAAUAUCCGCAUCUUUUUCUUUUGUGCAAUGGGGAAAUAUAUAAUUUUGAAAAACUAGGAAAGCAACAUAAGUUUGAUUAUAACACUAAAUGUGAUGUAGAAGCACUUUUGCAUUUAUAUGCUCAAUGUGGCGCAGACAAAGUUGCUCGAUCCUUGGAUGGUGUGUUUGCAUUUUGUUUAGUAGAUGUUGAUAAAAGAAGAAUUCUCAUAGGUAGAGAUCCUUAUGGCGUAAGACCUCUGUUUAGAUUGCGUUCGGAUAAUGGACAACUGGCUAUUUGUUCGGAAAGCAAGGGUUUGAUGAAAAUUUCGCAAUAUAUAAAUGGCAAUUCGAAACUUGAACCAUUUCCUCCAGGUUGUUAUGAGGAAUACGAAAUUUUGCAUGAUGGCCAGACAAAGUUUUUGAAAAGUGUCCAUUAUCACGAGCCUGGUGAUAAACCUUCUUUUCAAGUACAUGUUCCUUGGUCUGCUCUGAAUCUUACAGAUAUUCAUGGUAAUAUUCGAAAGCUUCUUUCAGAAGCUGUUGAAAAACGAUUAAUGGCUGAUAGACGAAUAGGUUGCCUGUUAUCAGGUGGAUUAGAUUCUAGUUUGGUGGCAGCUUUACUAGUAAAGCAUGCAAAGAAAAACAAUUUUCCAUAUAAAAUACAAAGCUUUGCNAUAGGAAUGAAUGAUAGUCCAGAUAUUAUCGCUGCCAGACAAGUCGCAGAGUAUAUUGGAACUGAACACCAUGAAAUUAUCUUUACGGAACAAGAUGUAAUUAGUGUCUUAGAUAAAGUUAUUUAUUCUUUGGAGACAUACGACAUUACUACUGUUCGAGCAUCAAUCGGAAUGUAUCUUAUUUCGAGAUACAUCAAACAAAACACAGAAACAACUGUGAUAUUUAGCGGAGAAGGUGCGGAUGAAGUGGCGCAAGGUUAUAUUUACUUUAGAGACGCACCAACCGCGUUAGAUGCGCACAAUGAAUCUCUUAGAUUAUUGAGUGAUAUAUAUUUGUAUGAUUCGUUGAGAGCAGAUAGAACUACUAGUGCUUUUAGCUUNGAACUUAGAGUUCCAUUCCUAGAUAUUCAAUUCACUAAUUAUUAUUUAUCAUUGGAUCCCGGUAGCAGACAACCUCGAGAUGGAAUUGAAAAACAUUUGUUGAGAUCUGCGUUUAAUGACAGCGGUUUGUUACCAAACAAUAUACUUUGGAGACAUAAAGAAGCUUUCAGCGAUGGUGUUACUUCAACCAAGAAAUCUCUUUUUCAAAUACUACAAGAAAUUGUUGAAAAUCGUAUAGAGGACAAAGAUUUAGACGAAGCUUACAUUAAGUAUCCUCAUUGCACACCCAAAACAAAAGAAGCUCUUUAUUAUAGAAAUGUCUUCGAGUCGUAUUAUAAGGGCCAAGCGGAAAGUUUUACACCUUAUUUUUGGAUGCCUCGUUGGGUAAAAAACGUCACUGAUCCAUCUGCGAGAUUUAUUACACAUUAUGCUGUAAAUGAUGAAAAGAGCCGUGUGGAAAUGAUUUAGAGGAAAGAAGAAAAAUCUGUGCAAUAUAUAAUUUCUCAUAACCAUUUUUUAUUGUUCUUUCAUUUU